ACGGGAGCGUUAUGAGACGUGCUUCCAGUGGCAGUUGCUGCUGUCUCUAUGAGAACCAUCUUCUACAUGCUGUCUGGCAAUUGGAGGCAGUGCAUGCCUUCUCAUAUAAUGAUCCUGAAACUUGCGGGCUGGAUUAGAGGAGUACUGUGGAGCCUACUUUUGGGGUCAAAUCCGAAAAAGACCAAGUCAAGCAACAAGGAAUGUAAUCGAAGAACAUGAUCACAAAACGAUACUAAAGCCGGAAGAAGCUUCAAGGAAGGAAUUUCCCGCCUGAAUUGAACCACAUUUACAGUGAAAUCAUUCGUGCUUGAUCACGCAUCUAUACCAGUCCAUUUCGAUUAAUUAUGGAGACGAAUCUCUCUACCGAAUUGGACAAUAGUUCCAAUAAUUCUGAUUGGAAAGCGGUGGAAAGUGUUGUCCUUGACAUCCAGACGUAUUAUCUCUGGGUUAUAUUCGCCUUGGGAUUCCCUGGUAACUGUGCUACCAUCGUUACAGUCAUUAAGAUGUCCCCUGCCAGAUCGCUGACUGUAUACAUAGCAUUGUUAGCUGUCGUGGAUAAUUUGGCAAUCAUCAAUAAGCUUUUGUUGUUUGUUUUGCCCGAUAAGGGAGUGCACAUUGGAAACUUCGGUUGCAAGGUUCUUGGGUACUUCGGAAACUUCCUCAUCACCUUUGCCAACUGGUUGCUCGUCGCCAUGUCCGUAGAGAGAUUCGCUGCUGUGUGGUUCCCGUUCAAAGUUGGCCAAAGCUGGACGUUUAAAAAGUCUCUUAUAGCAGUGGUUCUUGUGGCGCUACCCUUGAGUGUUAUAUUUCUUCACCUCUUUUGGAUCAUGACUUUCAUUGUGGAGGAUACGGGCGUGUAUUGUGACAUUCACGAAGAGUAUACAUAUUUCAUGAUGCAUAUAUGGUACUGGAUAAAUGUUAUGAUAUAUGCUGUGGUCCCCUGUAUUUUACUGUUGCUGUUCAACCUUUUGAUUGUCAUGGGGAUCGUAAGGUCUGGGCGCGCUCAAAAAUACCUGAAGAGCACCCGUGGCAAUAAGACAGGCUCGUCCACCGUUGACCGUCAUCGGCCCAUUACAAUCAUGUUGGUGACAGCGGCUGUGACAUUAGUAGUACUAACAACGCCACGUUGUGUUAUGUUAAUUCUCACACCAUACUGGACACCCACACAGAACAGCAUGCAAGGUGCCGUGAAGUUCCUGAUGGACACCCUUGCUUUUCUGUUAUGUGAUCUAACGCAUGCCAUAAACUUUUAUGUGUAUUCUCUCAGUGCGAAGAGCUUCCGACGCCAGUUUUUGGAACUGUUUUUAUGCCACAAACGAGAUAAAGCUUCAAGCAGCACACAAUAUGUGUCUUUGACGUCUCGCGCUUCUGUGAAGAUAAACAUGACGCCCUUAAAUGGAGAAAAACCAAUACUAAAUUUUUCAAAGAGUAUUGAAGAUUGAUAACUUGACAAUGUUGACUAUUUUUGCACCAUUUCACCAUCACAUCGGAGUCAAUUUUCAUAAUGUUAAGACGUUAGUGCUUCGUGAAGUAAGUUUUAAACCUAACAUACAUCGUCAGGUCUUACGGGAAAAGCUUGUUUUGUUUCAGUUUAGCAUGGACUACCAGAACAAAGACGAAUGCUCCGAUUAACAUGUAUACUGUAGUUUCGGAUUUAUGUAUAGGGAUUCAUGUUCAGACAAUUAAUGUAUCAAAGAAAUAUGUACACAAAGUAAGAAACACGCCAUGCCUGUAAU